AUGUCAGAAAAGUCGCUGCAGCUAGCAGAAUGGACGGCUUUGAAAGACUAUAUUGAGGAGUGUCGGGAAGAAUUGGCUGCUGGAAAACAAACCCAAGCAUGCCUGAAGGCUCUGAAGGUACAGCUACCGCCUCCUCCUUAUGUGAAGGCUGGCAUACUGGACAAGAGGAGGACUGUGCUGUACCAUCGAUUUGAGCAAAAUGGAUCGGAUUCUAGACCGCAUGAUGAACAUUCACACAUUGUUUUGCCAAGAGUGUCGCAUUGGGCCAUCUGGUUCGUGGUACUAUUUUUCAUCUACUGCUCCGUCUCAGUGCGAACGUACAACUCGCGUUUGGGUCGACGCCCGACACUUGUACGUCGAUUGUCCGCCAAGGAACAAGAGAAGCUACUACGUUCAGACCGUCUUAAUCCCGAUGAUGAGCUCGCUACGGCUACAAUAAGACAUCCAGCUAGCCCGAUCGAAUCUUCUCUCCGACGUCGUGCAGUCCGCACGCACCCCAUCUUCCGCCAUGCCAACCUCGAAGAAGCCAUCCACCACCAAGACAUAGCCGAGAUCAGACUGCGUCUCACCAAUGGAGAAGACGUGAACCAACAUUGGCCUUAUCUGAUCUACAAGCUGGCCAUAUCGCCACCUUCGGUAGACACCCCGAAACACCUCGAGAUCGCGCGGCUCUGUCUUGACUUCGGCGCUGAUGUCAACGCUCUCAAAGGCUGGAACGGACAAUCCGCACUCAUGAUCGCCAUCCACUUCGGCAACCUCGACGUCGCAAAGCUGCUCAUCGUCAACGGCGCAAUGGUAUCUUACUCGCCACCGGACAGUAAUCUGACGGCGUUGCAUCGCUGCGUACGACUGGCGGUUACUGGCUCCGCAACAGAUGCGCUUGCAAUCAUAGAGCUGCUCUUCCAAUUCGGUGCAAAUCCGAAUCAAGCAGAUCGCGCUGGGGAAACACCGCUACACAGAUUACUAAUUGAUGCGUGGCUAAAGAAGAAUAGUCCGAGCUGCAUGAAGAAGCUGGCAGUUGUCGCGCUUUGUCUCGUUGAACAUGGCGCAUAUAUGCCGAAUACGCUAAAGGAGAAGUACAUUAUUGGCAAUCCGGUAUGGCAGGUUGUACAGAGCGCCGUGCUCAAGAGAAGCGAAAUCGACAGCUGUGAUAAGACAGCUGUUGCGGGGAAGCCUCUUUAA